GUGGCGAACAUGCUUCCGCUCCGGCCCUGACAACAGGCUGUGCCGCUGGUCCUUUAAAAAGGCUUGUGCCCGCCUUCAGGAGCUUCAGUCCUUCAGUCGCCAUGUCUCUAACUCACGCCCAACGUACUCGCCUAAUCCGUACCACUCGUAAACUUGCUACCAUGCUAGGCGAUACACCCACAGUCCAAAUAUCCGAUCCUUCAACUUGUAGGCCAGCUGCGUCCUCGAUAAGACUGGCACGAUCCAGUCGAUCCCUCUCUCCUCCUCGAAUCAACGUCACACUUCCCAUCUCCUCUUCAUCGUCUUCGCCCACCGAUUCCAUCCCAAGAAGUCCUCUAUCCCCGUCCUCCAGCUCUCAAAACAGGGACUCUAUUGACGAUAUAUCUUUCGCAAAGAUGUUGAGAAGAAAGAGAAUCGCAAAGCUCACACACACAUUCGGCCAGAAUGUGCCGCCAGAAUUGGUCAUUACGGAUUCAGGCUUUCCCGCCAACCAAUUUCUACCCGAGACCGAUGCGAUGAGCGAGAGCAGCUCUUUUCUAGACUUUGAAACCGAGGUCUUCGAUAUCAAGUCGGAACCAGCUCCUUCCUCAUCCUCGGAAUCAUUACUUGUCGCCCCAUUCCCUCCACCCGGCCUUAAAGCGCCUCAGCUGCCAUUACCGCUUAACCUGUCUUCCGCUUCCGCAGCGACUGCGAGGCGCAACCACCGGUAUGCCGCGUCCGUAGACGAUUCAAAGUCUCCUGACAAAGACUUGGCGUUCGCGAAGCUCAUGCAGCAUUUUGAUUCUUCAUCCAUGCAUUCCACAUUCGAGAACACCCGUCAGCGUCAACAGAGCUGGUCUGGUGAAUGGAAUCAAGGUGAUAUGGAGGAGGUUCAGGCUAAGCUGAGACGGCUAAAGUAGGACUUCAAGGUGUAGCUCUCUCUCUCCAAGGUGCAGGUCACUUUGCUCACGAAGAUUAUGAUCAUCUUGUACAUUCUCAUUCUAUUCCACACUCCUUUCUUAUGACCACCUACUACCACUACUUAAUGAAAUUAUUUUAAUGAGUUACCUACUUGUACUUGUCACUUAUUGUUCUACACCUACUUAAUAAUUUUGGCAUCUCUUCAAUCACAAUGAAACACCACGAUGAAGUCCUCGCCUCGAU